CGGAUGUGAGGAUUAGUUUCGACUUAUCGAAUCGUUUUUAACCUGGUAGUUUCGAGAGGAACGCUCAUUCUUUCUUCCGUAACCGUAGAUAGAGGAAAGAAAUAACAAUGGCGGACAAUGCUCCAGCCAACCGUGGAGGUUUCCGAGGUGGAUUUGGAUCUCGUGGAGGUGAUCGUGGAGGUCCAAGAGGUAGAGGACGCGGAGGUAGAGGAAGAGGCCGUGGCCGUGGACGUGGUAAAGAGGAUAGCAAAGAAUGGAUUCCAGUAACCAAGCUUGGCCGUCUUGUCAAAGACGGUAAAAUUGAAUCGUUGGAACACAUUUAUCUCUUCUCCUUGCCGAUCAAGGAAUAUGAAAUAAUUGACAGAUUUCUUGGACCUGAAUUGAAAGAUGAAGUUCUGAAAAUUAUGCCUGUACAGAAACAAACUCGUGCUGGUCAACGUACACGUUUCAAGGCUUUUGUGGCCAUUGGUGACUACAAAGGUCACAUUGGUUUGGGUGUGAAAUGUUCUAAAGAAGUAGCCACUGCCAUCCGUGGUGCUAUAAUUUUGGCCAAACUGUCAGUGGUGCCAGUACGUCGUGGUUAUUGGGGAAAUAAAAUUGGUGAUCCUCACACUGUACCCUGUAAAGUAACUGGCAAAUGUGGUUCAGUUCAGGUGCGAUUAAUUCCGGCACCAAGAGGUACUGGCAUUGUCUCUGCGCCUGUACCUAAGAAACUCUUGCAAAUGGCUGGCAUAGAGGACUGUUAUACAUCAGCUAGAGGAUCCACGUGUACCCUUGGUAACUUUGCUAAAGCUACAUACGCAGCAAUUGCCAAGACCUAUGCGUAUCUGACACCAGAUCUCUGGCAUGAUCAGGCAUUAAGAAAAGCACCAUAUCAAGAAUUUGCAGAUUAUUUAUCCAAGAACCACAGAGCUGUGGGAGGACAAAGACCUGCUGAGGUUGUUUAAACAAUAAACCUCCAUACACAAUGUA